AUGCAGCAUCCCCGUCAGUCGCGAGUCAGAAAUAGUGGCAAAGUCGCGUCCGCGUGAAGAACCGACUUUUCUCAUCCUCGGCGAUUUCGAAAAUCCAGCGGAUCGCAGGGGGGGUCGUACAUGUCCAUGAGAUUUUGCAGUCGAACACCGACGACACCAUACCUACCGUAACAGCGACGCGGACUUUUUUCCCCCGUCAAAUGUGAUCGAACCAAAUUUCAUUCGAUCCUGAGAUGUUUUUUCCGAUUGACAUGACGUAACACGUUAUCAUCUCCGAAACACAAGUGUUUGUGUGUGAGUUUGUACAUUCGAUGUUACAUCACAGUGCAAUGGAUAUUAGCAAUAAUAACAGGAGCCUUCGACGGGUCAUUUUUUUCGUCCUUUUUCUUCUCACCGCUGGGGCCACCGGACUCCGAGAUGUGCGAAUCACCGUGCCGCCGAUGGUUCGUUCGAGAGAUUCGGCCCUCCUCACUUGCGAUUACGAUUUGGAAGGUGCCGAUCUUUAUUCCAUAAGAUGGUACCACGAGGAGGAGGAAUUCUAUCGUUUCGUACCGAAGGAAGCACCACCUCAAGCGAUAUUUUCCGUCCGCGACAUCCAGAUAGACAGCCAGCAUUCGAAUACGAGGGACGUGACGUUGGUUGACGUUUCGAAAAAAUUAACCGGAAGAUACAGAUGCGAGAUUUCGGCGGACGCACCGUCGUUUCACACCGUGAUCAAAUCCGCGCCCAUGGUGGUCGUGGAUGUCCCGGAAACGGAUCCUUCCAUCGAACCGGAAAGGCAACGCCUACAGGAGGGUGAAACUCUUCGAGCCAACUGCACAUCAGGUGCCUCGAAUCCCGCCCCCACCAUUACGUGGGCCCUGAACGGCGACCCCUUGAACCAUACGAUAUUUUCGUACAAAACGCGAACCCGCGUUUUGGGACAGGGUGAAAAUCAAGCGACGCAGUCGACUCUGGAAUUGAAAACGUCCGCUGAUUUUUUCAGAGAUGGAAAACUCAUUCUGCGUUGUUUCGCUGCAAUAUCCACAGUUUACACAGCCUCGGCUGAGUUGGUUGUCACCGAAGAUACGCCGCUCCACGCAUCAAUCAGCGGCGACGCCUCGCCUCACCUUCACCCAUCGAGCGGUUCCGGGGGGAGGAUUUUUUCGGAAAUUGGUGUGCUCUCGCUAUGUCUGGUAAUAGCAAGAUCCUGGAGCAGGUAGCUCCUCAAUUCGGAGGACGUCGUCGCCUCCGACCUCAUCGCGUCGUCCGUGUCAACCUAAGUAGCUAGGGCUUCCAGUUGUGUAUGUUACUAUAAAUGGUGUAGAUAGGUGGAUCAUUUUUAUUCGACUCACAUGUCAUGUAUUGAUACACGAACAAUAUACAGUUACUUUUGAACAUGUUAUCUUUUGAUGUAAAUUGUUAAUAAUAAAAUUCGUUAACA